UUUGGGCUCAGUCGGGAGGAGUCGGGAGAUGGCGGCGGCCAACGACUUCACCCGACCACCGUUAAGAUGUGACGAUGUGUGACGGUUGUAGGUGUUCUGUGAUGUACUACUUUGCAGGCUCGUCUGUGUUCUUUUUUGUAGUGGUUGGGAGGUCUUGCCUUUUGUAUGCGUUAAUCAAAAACGACUUGAAAUACAGAGUUUUGUUGCUUCAACUUGCUGCUCAUACGCGUUGCGGAUAGGUAAUAUGACGUCUGCAUUUUCAAGUGCUGUUGCUCUAAUAAAUGCUGGAGACCUACAUUCUCUUGAAAGGUCUCUCAAUAACAAGCAUGUGAGCCCUGAUGAACGGGACGAGAAUGGCCAGACAUUGCUGAUGAUAGCUGCUCAGUGUGGACAACUUCCCAUUGUUGAAGAACUGAUUAGGCAAGGAGCUGAUGUCCACCUAGAGGACCUUGACAAUUGGACAGCACUGCUGAACGCUGCUAAGGAAGGAUAUACAGACAUUGUUUCAGAACUUGUUUUGCACAAUGCAGAUAUUGAGCAUCGAGAUAUGGGUGGGUGGACUGCCCUUAUGUGGGCAUGUUACAAGGGCCACACAGAGACUGCCAAGUAUUUGCUGGAGCAGGGGGCUUUCCCAAAUGUGCACGACCUGAACCACAUGUCCUGCCUUAUCUGGGCAGCAGGCCGGGGCCACCAGAGCAUCGUGGGUGACUUACUCAGUUACGGUGCUAAAGUCAACUCUGGUGACAAGUAUGGAACUACUCCAUUGGUUUGGUCAUGCCGUCGAGGGUUCACAGGCAUUGUUGAGAUGCUGCUUGAAGCAGGUGCAAACGUUGACACUGCAGGGAUGUAUUCAUGGACGGCUUUGAUAAUAGCCACAAAGGGGAACUACUCUGACAUUGUCAGCAUGCUGCUGGAAUACAAGCCAAAUGUUAAUGCUGUCGAUGCUGAUGGUUACACUGCAUUGGCCAUUGCCUGCAAAGAAGGGUUUACUGAUAUCGCUGUCUCCUUGUUGAACGCUGGGGCCUAUGUCAACAUGCACGAUCGCAGCGGAGACACGAAUCUGAUCCAUGCAGCGAAAGCUGGGAAUUUUUCUAUUGUGGAUGUCUUGCUGAAAAAGUAUGCUGACAUUGAUGUACAAGGCAUGGACAGGAAAACUGCUCUUUAUUGGGCAGUAGAGAAAGGGUACACUGACAUUGUACGCACCAUUCUGAAUGCCAAUCCAAAUCUCGAGUUGGCGACAAAAGAUGGAGACACUCCACUGAUGAAAGCAACGAGGAUACGUAAUACGGAGAUAGUACAGAUGUUGAUUGAUAAGAAAGCAAAAGUUUCUGCAACAGACAAGAGAGGAGACACAGCACUGCACAUAGCAAUGAGAGCACGAAGCAAGGGUAUAGUGGAGAUACUCUUGCGCAAUCCAAAGAACAGUCAACUUUUGUACAGACCAAAUCGGAGCAAUGAGACACCCUACAACAUUGACACAAGCCACCAGAAAAGCAUUCUUGCUCAAAUAUUUGGUGCUCGUCGUUUGAACACCAAUGAGGACAACGAAAACAUGCUGGGCUACGACUUGUACAGUAGUGCAUUGGCAGACAUCUUGAGUGAACCAUCUUUGUCUAUGCCAAUUUCAGUGGGCCUGUAUGCACGAUGGGGAAGCGGCAAGUCUUUUCUUCUUGGCAAGCUUGAAGAGGACAUGCGAAGCUUUGCAGUCCAGUGGCUGGAACCAACGUUUUCCUUCACCUGGGUCCUGUUUUGCCUGGUAUCGUUCAGUUCAAGCAUGCUAGGCUACUGCAUCCUUCUGGCAUCGGGACAGUGGUUGCUGGGGCUCAGCUUGGGAGCUGGCUCCUUCCUGCUCACCUACUGCAUUCUUUACAUCAUUAGGUAUGGCAGCACUCAUCAUGAUUGGAAUUGGGCUUAUAAAUUCUGCAUGAGGAUGGAGCACAUGCUCACUUCUUUUAAGACUGUUCUUCAAGUUAUAUUUUGCCACCCUCCAGCUACAAACAAGGACUUUGGUUCUAGUCCUGUCAGGUUCAUAUUUACAGAGCAAAACAAAGUGAGCAGCUCUGGUAUUGGGGAUGCUUCAAUUGCAUAUAUUAUCAUUUCAUUGUUUUCCGCCAUUGAAGAUGAAUUUGGCUUCUUUACAACAAGAUUCUACCGUGUUUUUCAACCGAAACCAGUGGCCUCUUCCAGCUGGACAUGGCGACGGCUCUGUUGUGUACCAAACUUCGCCAUCUUCCUGGUGACUUUUAUGUGCCUGCUGGGUGCUGUGGGGGUGCUGGUGGAUAUGCUGACAGGGCACCAGCAAGAAGGUGUCAGCGGCAGUCACACGCAGCCCGUUCUCAUUGCACUGGCCAGCGUGGUGGCCGUUGUUCUGCUGACCAACCUUUAUACCUGGGUGCGCAUGGUCCUGUCACUGUUCCGUUCCCAUCACCGCCGUAUCCACAGCUACUUGGCCCACGUGGAUGCCACCUCGGGUGGUUACAUGGAGGCCCUCAAGGGAGAGAUUGAACUUAUUAGUGCCAUGGUGCACUGCCUUGAUGCCUUCGUUCGCAAGCAAACCCGUCUGGUUUUGAUUGUGGAUGGCCUGGAUAGCUGUGAACAGGACAAGGUUUUACGCGUCCUAGAUGCUGUUUACGUGCUUUUCUCAGACCCUGGACAUCCCUUUGUCACAAUUUUGGCUUUGGAUCCACAUAUAAUUAUUAAGGCAAUUGAGGCCAACCUACACAGGGCUUUCCAGAAUACAACUGUGCGGGGUCAUGACUACCUACGCAACAUUGUGCACCUGCCCUUCUACUUGCAAAACAGUGGGCUUCGGAAAGUCAGGGCAGCACAACAGACAGCUGUAGGGCUGAAACGAAGUGGCAGCCACUGGUGUGAGAAAGAGGAAGUGGAGAAAGCUGCUCAGGGCAUUGUCAGCACAGGCCCUGACAGACCAGGGAAUCGGCGUGUGUCGAACUCAAGUAUGUCAAUUCCCGAGUCAUUCCGGAAGCCUUCACAGCAACGUAAAGGCAAUCAAAAGCUGAAGGCAAGUGAAAGUGUGGCUUCAAGCAUGAGUAACCUUCAUCGAGGAGUCACAGGAGCCCAAGAUUUGACUAAAGUACUUUUGACUGAUGAUUACUUUAGCGACAUCAAUCCUCGUUCCAUGCGCCGGCUCAUGAACAUUGUUUAUGUAACAGGGCGUCUGUUGAAGGCAUUUAACAUAGAUUUCAACUGGUACCAUUUGGCUUCAUGGGUCAACAUUACAGAGCAGUGGCCUUACCACACUUCGUGGAUCAUUUUGUAUUAUGAGUUGCAUGAAAAUGAAAUUGAUGAUUCAGCAUCACUGAGGUCAAUCUUUGAAAAAAUCAAAGGAAAAGUGCCCACAGGAAAAGAUCUGCAGCCACUUUAUGAUGUUGACCAUGAUGUCAGAAAGUUUGAAAUAUUUCUGAGCUUCCACUCGGCAUCACUGUUGAUCAGUGACCUCAAGAUUUUUGUGCCCUUCACUAUUAACCUUGACCCGUAUAUUCGAAGAGUGAUUCAAGAGCGGUAUCAAUCCCAGUCUGAAAGCGAUAGGCUUAUUCAGAAGUGUGGAUCUGGGCCAUUUGUGCCGCCAGCGCCACCACUGGGUCCAGUAGGCAUGAUGGGCCCAACAGGCACGCCAUGGACUCCAUUGAAAGCCGAACUGUUGUACCCACAAGCUCCAUCAACACCUGUGAUGUCUUCAGAGCCUUACCAGCAGCAACCAUACCAUGUAUGGUGGUCUGUUGGCUCACCGGGAACAUCUAGCACAAUGCCUGUAGCACCGAUAACACCUUUAGUGCGUGUUUGGAAUGAACCAUUUACUGGCAAGCUAAGCUCCCUGUCUGUAGAGGGCGUGUCAAACUUUCUUGAAGGCCUUGAGGGUAUUGACAAGUCACGGGUGCCUGACUAUCAAAGCACACUGACGCGACACAACAUUCAUGGACAAGUUCUGUUGACAUGCAAUAUCUCUGAACUGCGGGAUGUGCUCUCUAUGACCUUUGGUGACUGGGAAAUCUUCAAGAUGGCUAUCUUGUCUUUACGUGAACAAGAGUUUCAACGUACACAGCCUACUACUUCAGCAGAAGACUUGCCUCCCAUGCCCUUUGCACGAGAUCGUACACACUCGGUAUCUGCAACAGCUCCAGGUGAUCAUACAGAUUCAAAAGCAAAAGAUAAGACAAGUGAUAGCUCAGAGAAGUCAGAAAAGGUGGCCUCUUCACACUCUCAGUCAACUGCAAGACGACCAAACUCAUCACUCGAAAAACAGGUGACUAUGGAGGAGAGCUUGAUUGUUGGUGCCUUGGAGACCCUUAGUGAAGAAGCCAUGGAGGAUACGCUUGAUGAAAGUGUAGCCCCACAUGCUGGAUUUCACCAUUCGCAGGUGUUGAGCCCAAUCUUGUCUGAUCCUGGUGAGGGAGAGGAAACAAGUGGGACAACAGUGCGUACAACGGGGGAUAAUGAGGUUGAUGUUGUCUACCUCAAAAUGCCUCAUGGGUCCCCAAAGUACAACUACUCACCGCUGUCAGCAUCUGUUCCGGACUAUGAAUGGGGUGUGCAAGGACCAAGCGCCACAGUGUGCUGCAGCACUGAUCUGCCACUUGAAAGCUAUGGUGUGUCAGCACCACCUUCAAUUGCUUCAAGCCCCAAUGCUCCACCGCCAGGGUCAUUCGACACUGCCUCCUUCAUGGGUACAUUGGAUGCAGCCAGCCAGAAGCCACGCAACAAGCAUCUUGAUUCGGUCGUGGCACAGGAAGGCAUGUCUCGCCGGGGCAGCCUGUCACGAGAUGCAGCUGAGAGCAAUCUGAUUGACCACUGGAAAGGUCUGGGCGGUUCUGACUUGCAGCAGGAGCGCCACAGGCUGGAGACUUUAUCACUCUACAAUGAUGCAGCAGAGGAUGAGAAUUCCCCGCUUAUUGAGGUUACAAGGCCCAUGUUUCUUGCAACGAUGGCAUCGAGGGAUGCAGAAAGCUCGUCGCGUAGAGAAAGGGAGUUCAUUCAAUCUUUUAAGCUUUCUCGUGGCGCUAGGAGGUUCAACAUUGAACGCCAGUUCUCUGUGGACGAGCGGUCUGACAUUGACCCCGAGGAGCACAGGUUGGACGGGGCGAAAUCCACGUCAACGGCAUCCCUCACAAUGCUCAAGAAUAGUGCGGAUGGGGCGACAGAGACAUCAAGCCCAGCCACAGCACUUACUCCCCUGUCAUCAUCAUCAGGGAGGUCCCCUGAGGCAGAUGCGAAAGUGCGCCGCAGCUCUGUCCCUUCAGCGCAGCCUGAUGAGCAGAGGAGCCCAGAAGAUGGUGUGGUACCCUCACAAAGUACACCUUUUAAGCUUCCAGAACUGUCAAGCCGCACCUUUUUGCGGCAAUUGACUGAGCAAGAGCAGAAAGCUGGCCAGCCAUCACGUGAGGGAACAUCAUCUGACACUGUUGUCAUUGCUGGUAAGGCCACUGAUGCCAAGCAUCUCUUCUCAAGCUCCGAGACUGUUAUCUAGGCUGACAAGUCCUGGCAAAAUAUUGUUUUUUCAGGUACAUGUCUUUGGCUUGGUGUUUUGCUUUCAAAGCUAAUGCAAGUGAAAGCUCUCAGUAAGGGCAACAUUUUCAUUAUGCAUAUAGUUUAUAGGGAACAAAGAUUAUCAGGCCUUCAAUAAGUUUUGUAUGAAAGGCCACACAUAGUAUUUUUCUAGUCUAGCAUUUCAAUCUCAUAAUGUGUGCUUCGCCACAUUAGGAAAAUGCUGUCAUGUUACCUUAUAGUGGGCAUUUUGUUGCUAAAUAGCAGCUGCUUUGUUGACUCUGAUCUUUAUAUUAUUCAGAGAAUAGAUAUUGCACUUGUUGCCAAGUAAACUAGAAAACAAAAAUUAAUGAUAUGCUGUUCACAAGUAACCACCAUUCAAAUCUAAGUUGAGACACAAAAAUGGUAUUUUGUUCUGUUCCAAGGUGUUUGAAUCAACUUCGGCACAAGUAAAGAUUUUUUUUUCUUCAAUGAUAGUAAAACUUUGCAACAUGUAGAACUAAUUUGUGCGUCUACAUUUGAAAAUGUUUGGUUUUAUCCAAUGACUAAUUUGCAUCUUGUUUUUUCCCCAGUUACUAUUCACAUGAAAUCAGUGUUUUUUGGUGAAUGAUUUGUUUACACAAAGGGUUUCUGAAUACCUUGACUGUUUGUUUCCGUAACAGUUUACCUUUCUUUCCAGUGAUUUCGACUCAUAUCUCUUGUGGCUGUUGGUUGCAUUUUUGUAUCACUUGAAAGUGAUUGUGCUUAUAAACAAUGCACAGAACAUGUUGUUAGGGCAGCACUAUUAUCAGACAUAUGAAAUGAUUGUAUACUGUUCACUUCAUUUUACUUCGGGUUCUUUUAAUUAAGAAGUAGACAGUUAUUUUCACUAUAGAUUGCAGCAUUCGAGCUACUUCCACUAAUAAAUUUUCGACUUGUUCUCUUUUGGGCCCAUGUCACAGUCGCGACUUUGAAGCUGGCCUGUAAUGAAAGCAUGAGCAGAAAUCUUGAAACUAGCUCUGGUUUUAAAAUAUCAGUCUCCAAAAUAGGCUAUGAGGUGCAUUGACAUUCCAGAUGAUAAUUUCCCCAACACCACCCUUGUAGUCUGCAGGACAAAACUAAUUGGAAUGCCAAUGCAUUUACUAUUUCAGGGAGGGAUAUGUCAAAACUGUGACUAGUAUCAGUAUUUCUGAUGAUUGGAUGCAUAUCCACUACCUGUCUUCAUUUCUGCAAUUGCAACUGCUGCCCUUAAAUCUAGAAUGGAGAACAUUGUUAAUUAUCUGUCUGAACACUGCAACUUAUCGUGCAAGUGAUGUCAAUUUUUUCUACUAAUGCCGCUGAACAUGCAGAUAUGAUACAGGUGUUCCAUUAAUCAUAUAUCAUAAGAUGAAGUCAAACCUUAAUGUAACUAACAUGGAUAUAAUCAAGUAAAUCUGAAAUUUAAUUGACCGUGCUGUUAUUCAGUGAGUAAUCUGCUGCUAUUACAAAACUGAAAAUGCGAGAAGAAAGGUGGUAUUGGUUACAUGAAGCAAAUAUUUGUUACCUUGUAGCUCAAAGUAAGCAUUCUAGUAACAGCAAUGUCAGAUACAUGGCAAAAGCAACUUUAAAUGCCAUAUCUUUAAUGUAUGUGUGCAUUUUGGCUACAGCUUUACUUGGGUGACAUGAUUUUUAAUAACUUUACAGAGACGUUACAGCGACUUAAAGGGACACUAAUGGCAAAUGCUGAGUCGAUGUGGACUGUUUAAAUACCAUUCAAAAACCUCGCAACGCUUGUUUUGUGCCAAGAAUAGACUUAGUUUACGAGAAAAUUGCAUCUCAGGGGUCCGAAUACCUUUUUCGUAGUUCAAAUAUCCCGCCACCCAACCGGGGGGAGUGGUGACGUCGGAUAUGCCAUCACUGCCCCUUGCUGCCAUCUGUGAGUAAAACGGUACCUGACAGAUGGCGGUACAGUUUUUUGCCCAAAAUGCAAACAUGUGGCUAUGGUGAAACCAAAGAGUUUAGUUAAGACAGGUUGACAUUUAAUCGUUAUAAUAGUGUAAAUGUGGAUGUAGCCUUGUAAGUGAUUGCGAACAAUUUAAACCAAUAAAAAAAUUGAUCAGAGAGAAUACCCAAAAGGAUACAUCGGGCUCCAUAGAAAAUGUAUGGAGUAGCUUAUAAUAGGGGUGCACCAACCGAAAUUUGGGGGUGGGCUAACCAAAAUUUGGCGAUGGACCAACUUGAAAUAUCGGGGUGGGCUAAAUUAAAUUUGGGGGUUGGCCAGCUUGAAAUUUGGGGAUGGGCAAACUACAAUUUUUUUCAAGUUGACCCACCUGCAAAUUUGCCCACCUGCACCCGCCUGUUGGCCCACCUGCACCGCAUGGAAGUUGAAUUCUCUGCUACUUCUAAUUUAUGCGAGUUUCGCGAGCCAGCAAAACCAGCGCAGCAUUUCGCGAUAACAAAAGUACUGAAAUGCAAAAGCGCAGGCGGCACAGAGUCAAGCAAAAACGAAACCUUUCGACUGCCUGCACUGUCAAGGGUAAUCUCAAUGAGGCCUUUAUUUUUUUCUAAAGAUGAGAUAGAACUGGACAAGUAGCAUUUUAUUUCAUUUUGUAAUGCAAUAAUACUGCGAUGUUUUUGUAACGAGUGGUUGAGUACUAGUGACAGAAUUUAACUAAGGAGUGCCUUCGUCAUCGAGCAAGUACUUGAAUGUCCCAGGGGAGUCUAUAAUCAUGUCCUGCAUUUACCUCAGGCUCUGUUCACUAUAAUAUUGACGCCUUAGAGAUUCUCGAGCACCAAUCUAUCACUUAAGCUUGACUUAAUAUUUGCCUUUAGUGUCCCUUUAAGCAUUAACCUACAUAUAAUCGCCGCCGUCUUAUUGGUGUUCUCAUUUCAUCCUCUUCUUGCCUUCCCUAUGCAGUCUGCAUGUUUUAAAGCGCUCUUAGAUGCGGUGAAGAGUUGAUGCUAGUGAAUGUCAGAAGUAUUCAAUUACCUGGUCACAGUACAACAUCUAGGCAACAUGUAUAGUGGGUAAAUUAAUGUUUAGCUAUAAAGUCACGGCUACCUGCUUUAUCUACAUAGCACAUUUAUUUGACAUGCUGAAAAAAUCGCACUUCAGGGCGCUUGUAACUCCUUCAAAUGUGAUCAGCAUUCGGUAGGUCAUAAGUUCUUGUUGUGAUAGAUAUGGAGAUUGAAGCAAUAAUAUUGUGGAACAGCCCUUUAGUAACAAGGAAAUUUUGGGGCCUCUAAAAUUUAAAGUUGGAAAUCUUUUACAAAAUAGUGUUUUACAUUAUACUCAUGAUGGCUGCUUCACUUCACCACCCAUCUAUGUAUAUACAGAUUCAGUUGUGCCAUGCUGGCAGUUCAAUAAUGCAUUUUUUAAAUUUUCCAGGCAUUUUUUACCACGAAUAUUUUGUAAUCAGAAGUAAAAUUAUGCUGUUUUUGCAGUGUCAUACAUAUGUGUAUCUCGCCAUUAGAAUAUUUACAAAACUUUGAACACUUAUAAGCUGUGUGGUGACUGUGUGGUGACUUAGGGUCACUCAGGAAUAAAUAUUGCCUACUACUAGCCAUGUCUGCACUCUUUUGACAUUUUUUGUAAGCUAGUCCAUGCAGAGCACAAGCAAUAUUAUAUGACGGCCUCUCCAUGUUCCCAGUGACGAGUUAGUACCAAGUCAUGCAGAAGCAAAGAAAGGUGCUGUACUUGACAUUCAAGUGCUGUGCUUUUUUCUGCAUUUACAUAUUUCGCAUUUAUUUAUCUUUGGUUUUGUUUUCCUAGGUUUAGCCUUAAGAGAAGAUUUAGUGUUGUGCUACAAUUGUAGACAUUGCUUAAUUCAAGUAUCUGCAAGCGCUCUUGAUAAUGUUCUUGGCUUUGUAUAGUAUGUUAAAGGGCACAAGAAAUUUAUGGCUUUAUGGCUCAGCCAAACUGGGUAUAUUUGUGCUGAAUAAAUUGUUUUGUUACA